AUGGGUAAGACCAAGUGUUUCACUACAGAAGUUCAAGGCAUCGACAUGAAUAUAAUUGAUGCCAUCGAAAGUUUCAAAGCAACCAUUACGACGCUCGAACACAUCCGCAAUGACAGUGAGGGCCUGGAAAAUCAGAUACAACCGACUAAAUCUGUGGCCGAACAACAUGGCAUCGAUCCUGAUGACGAAUAUAACAGGCAUCACCGCCAACGCAAGAAGCCUCGCGGUAUCGACGAUCACCCUGAAACGGCAGCCAAUCUUUGUCUGGUGGAGCAUUACAUUUGCGGUACUUUAUGCCCAAAUAAAUGCAAUAAAGGCAAAUCUGGAGGCUGUUAG